CCAGAGUCCAAGAAGUGCUUGGAUAACGCUCUGAGGCACGUGCUGUGACUCCUGGGGGCGUCCUGCACAGGGCCAGCACUCGGACACGGGGAUCUCUAAGGAUCCAGCUCGGAAUACUCUGCGAUUCUAAUACCAGCUAGCUCCGGGCCUCACUGAGCUCCGCUUUUUGCCGGGCCUUUUCCCGGCGGCCAAACCCCGCUGGCUCAGCCUUUCCCGCACACGCUGGGUCCCCACAGCCCCCGCAGCACCGACCCCAUCCCGGCGAGACGCGCCGAGCCCGCUCCCCGCGCGCGCCGCGGCGGUGACGGGACAAAGCCCUCAGGGGUCCCGGGGCGAUUUGUGCAAUCGCUCAUGUAACUGCCAAAACAAUGCCAAACGAUGAUGUUGAAUACAGGAAAGGAUCUGCAUCAAAUAUACAUGAUCCUGCUACAAGAGAACUCUCUGUUGUUGUGCCUUCAUACAAUGAGGAAAACCGGUUGCCACUUAUGAUGGAUGAAGCUUUGGAUUAUCUAGAAAAAAGACAGAAACAAGAUCCUUCAUUCACUUAUGAAGUGAUAGUGGUUAAUGAUGGUAGUAAAGAUCAAACUGCAAAGGUUGCAAAGGAGUACAGCAAGAAAUAUGGAAGUGACAAAGUGCGAGUGAUAUCUUUGGAAAAAAAUCGAGGGAAAGGGGGAGCAGUCAGGACGGGUGUCUUUAGCUCUCGGGGACAAAAGAUUCUUAUGGCUGAUGCAGAUGGAGCUACAAAAUUUGCAGAUAUUGAAAAAGUAGAAGAAGGUCUAAAGAAUCUCCGGCCAUGGCCUAAGGGGAUGGCUAUUUCCUGUGGUUCUAGAGCUCAUCUGGAGAAGGACUCAAUAGCAAAGCGCUCUUACUUCCGAACUCUCCUCAUGUAUGGGUUCCACUUCCUGGUGUGGUUUCUCUGUGUCAAAGAGAUCCGGGACACACAGUGCGGAUUUAAACUUCUAACCAGAGAAGCUGCCUUGCAGACUUUCUCAAACCUUCACAUAGAACGCUGGGCGUUCGAUGUGGAGCUUCUUUAUAUAGCCCAGCGCAUGAAAAUACCUAUAGCAGAAGUUGCUGUCAACUGGACUGAAAUAGAAGGUUCUAAGUUAGUUCCCUUUUGGAGCUGGCUGCAGAUGGGCAGGGAUCUUCUUUUUAUACGACUGCGAUAUAUGACUGGUGCCUGGAAGCUUGAAGCAAAAAAAUGUAAUUAGGUUAUUUACAUUUUCCAAAUAUAUUAUUAUGCUUAAUGGAACACGAGAACAGUUUCAAUCAAGUGAAGUGGUGGUGAAAGCUGAGGUAAUUCUUCAUUGCUCCUCUUGUAUGUUUCAUUUUUGCAGUAUGUGUAUGUUUUAUAAGAUUGUCAGCAGAGAUUUUCUACAUUUUGGAAAAAGAAAGCAUUUCCAGAAAGAUUUUCCUAAGCGAUAAUCCAGUUUUUUUUUUAUUAAAUGGUAGCUUUAAUGUGUCUUAUAAAUUCAUUCAAAUAAAUAUAUCUGCUUUUGUCUCAUCAUACAUCUCCUUGUACAUAUUAAAAAGAGACAUUCUGUUCUACCUUUUGCAAUGUUCUGUUGUGAAUGACCACAGCAAUUUGUUUCUGUCAUAUCUGGAAAUUUUAGACCAUAUUGCAACUUGGAAUUAUCAUUCAUGGUUCACACUGAUGCAUGUUUAGAUUCAAUGUUAUGGGAAACAUUAAUGGAUUUUACUGACUUAUAGCAGUAAUGUUCAUAAAGUUGUUUCUCAGGAUUUCCAGUAGUCUCUCAACAUUCCAAUUGUUUUUGUCUGAAGCUGAAAUAGUUUUCCGGAGAUGAAACUGCAGAUGUUUUCCAGACUGUAGAAGGUCCAAGAGAAAGCACAUUUAAUUUAAAACGUCUUUUAUAAAUGCAUUUUUCUUGUACAUACUUACUACUGUAUGCUCAAGGCUAGGAGUCCUUGACAUCUACAGGUCUGUAGUGAAAAGGGUAUGGAAAGCUCAAAGCAUGCAAAAGUGAGAUCCAGUGUACACUGGGGACCUGUGCAUUAGUAAUGCCAGUCUGAUGUUGUCAUGCAUCAAAUGAGAUCAGAGACUGAGGGAGGGGUCUUGACUCUUUCAUGCUAAUGUCACACUGCAUUACAGUAUGGUAACAGUUUCAUUUGUGCUUUCAAAGUAGCUGUGAAUUGCCAACAAACUAAGCCAAUCUGUCUUUCUGAAACUUGUACCAAUUUGAAGAGCUUUAAAGAAUUAACAAUGUAUGGUUGUACUUUCACAUGUGAAUUCACUGGUGAUUUUUCUUUUUUUUCUGUAAUACUGGCUUGAGUUUUGCUGCUGUUAGGGUUACCUCAGUUUUCUAUAAAGUACUGGAAUAAAUUCUCAAAAAUAUA